GUUCGAAGUUUUUUAGUGAAUGCUUUACACAGUGAAAAAAGUGUGUGUAAUGGUGCAACAGUGCGACCUAAGUUUAAAAUGCGUUAACAUCAUAUUUGUGGAACACAUUUAAUUUCAUAAUAUACAUUUGCAGUCCUCUUCGAUUAUUACUAGAAUUAAAAGAGGUAAAAUUGCUAAUACAAUUAAUUUAAAAACAAGUCCAAUAACAUCAGCUUAUCGCACAAAUUUAUCGGUUAAUUUUUGUUGAAAUAAUUAAAAUUCGUGGAUAAAUCUGACGUGAAACCACAGAAAAAGGUCUAUUUGCUGGAAAUUCAGAGAAGGUAUUUCCGUUGAUGAUAUAUCCCACAAAAAUUUGCAUACCAAUAUUUUCAACACACGAAAUGUAUAUAUCGAUAUAUACUAUGUCAUAACACCUGAGGUUGCCCCCGCUGUAUUUAUAAUUGAAAACCAUUCGACAAAAUGAACCUGGGACGACUUCUGAGACCUCUCCAGGUUGGCACAACGCUGGCCCGCAGCUAUGGAAAGCACAACAAGAAGUAUCUUUACAAGGAUGGCAAGAAAUACGAGGGUAUUAUAUACUACCCCAGAACUUCUGACCAUCAGGAUCCGCCUAUAGAGCCCGCUAAACUGUUUCGCGUGCAGCGCAUCAAGCCGAUGAAGGGGAAUCCUUUCUGGGAGAAGCGCAUCCUCAAAGACCUGGGCUUGGAUGGCAAACAAAGCGACUACACGGUAGUCAAGAACAUACCCGAGAACAAUGCCCGUCUGUGGAAGAUCAAGCAUUUAAUUAAGGUGACACCGGUCACGUUUCCAUAUGGGGAGCCCACGGCGCAGGAUGUCAAGUACACGAUACUCAAGGAUAAUGGUGAGUGCCUGGUCACCAAGGACAUUGGCCAAGUGGAAGUGCGCACGGAGGCUCGCGAGGCAUUUGACCAACAACCGAAGCGCCUUGACACGGACCUGCUGAGGAAGGAUUCUCGACUGAAGUGGCUCAAUCCUUGGUGAAAGAGAAUACGCCUGUCUGUGGCGUCUUUAUUACUUUAGCAAAAAUAAAAAUAUCAAAUGGACGUGAAUGUA